UCAUAAGCAUGGGCUACCAGUUGAACUUCUUCAGCGCGGAGAUUUGCGCGCAGGAAAACCACAGUCGCGGUAAUUGUACAGAAGGAACGAGAUGGCUGUAACGGGCGAUGUGAAACUACCACGUUUUGUUAUGGAAUUGUAUGCAGUUACAUUUUCCUCUCAUACUGAUAAAAGAAGAGAGUAACUGGUUGAAGUUCGUGUUAUUACCCAUCGCGCUCCGUCGAGGCGCUUGAGGUGACAUUUUGGACUAGCUCGGAUUGAUUCUGAAGGAGAGAAGAUUGUGAGGGGUAGAGGGAAUAGAGGGAACAAAAUCUGAAAAAGCAGAAAGGUGACAGACAUGGGAUUUUUUCCUGUGAAUAAGACAGCACCUGGUGCUUGAAACAAGAACCACUUGAAGAAAGCAAUGUAAGGAGCCGCUGUGAUGACCUUACAACAAUGGGAUCAGUAGACUUCACCUCAAGCUCAUGGUGAAGGGGCACCACCCAGCAGCAUGAAUCUGACUCAGGAUCAGCUACUGGCGGUGUUGGGCCACCUGAACGCUGUGCAACCCCCUAUCAAUAUCACCAACGACGACGACCGCUACAACCACAACAACGAGGAGGCGGGACAUCAGACGGACGACUUCAGCUUCCUCUUCCCGGAGGGAGGCGGAGCCGGCGCCCUUGAGUGGCAGCUGUUCCUGACCAUCCACGAGCCGGGCACCAUCGCGCUGACCGUGCUCUACUCGCUCUCCUUCCUGGUGGGCAUGGCGGGCAACGUGCUGUCGAUCCGCGUGCUGUGCGGCCGGCGCGGCUCCGAGCGCCUGUCCAGCGUGAGCUCCACGCGCGUCCUCCUGGUCAACCUGGCGGUGUGCGACCUGGCCGUGGUGUGCGUGUGCAUGCCGGUGACGCUGGCGAGCCGCAUCUACGUGCCGUGGGUGUGGGGCGGCUUCCUGUGCCGCGCCGUCCCCUUCACGCAGGCAGUGUCCGUCGCCGCGUCCGUCCUGAGCCUGACGGUCAUCAGCGUCAAUCGCUACCUGAGCGUGCGCUGCCCGCUGCGCGCCCGCUCCCUCUUUACGCGCCGGCGGAUCCUGGCGGCUGUGGCGGCCGUGUGGGCGGUGUCGGCGUCCAUCUGCGCGCCGCUGGCCGUCAUGAUGCAGCUGGACGAGCUGCGUCUCCACGGGCUGCCCUCGGCGCUGCCCGUCUGCAGCGAGGCCUGGCCGCGUGCCCGUCUGCGCCAGGGCUACAACGUGCUGCUCUUCGCCGCCCUCUACUGCCUGCCCGUCUCCUUCAACCUGGCCGUCGGGUUCCUGACCGGACGCCGGCUCUGGCUCGGCCGCUUCUGCUUCUCGGAGCUGGACCCACGCUCGCGGGCCCUCCACGCCGCGAGGCUCCGAGGCCGGCGGCGGAUCGCCCGGCUGGUCCUGGCGCUCGUGCUGCUCUUCGCCGCCUCCUGGCUGCCGCUCUACGUGGCCGACCUGUGGCUGGACUGCGGCGGCUUCGGCUUCGGCGGCGGCGGCGGUGGCGGGGGGGAGGAGGGUGGCGGUCACCAGCCGCCCAGCUGGCUGCUCCAGGCGCGGCCCUUCGCCCAGUGGCUGGGCCUGACCAACUCCAGCCUCAACCCCAUCUGCUACUGCCUGGUGGGCGACCUGCACCGCUCGGCGCGACAGCUGCGCGCGCGCUACCAGCAGCGCAUCCUCACGCUCUUCGGCGGUGGAGGAGGAGGAGGAGGAGGAGGAGGUAGCGGAGCCACCUCCCAGAGCGCCCCGGUCGCCGUCUUCAGCACUGACCCCGCCGACGGUGGACCGUCUCCGGCCUCCGCGCUCGCCCUCGCGUCCCUGCCCAAGAUUUUCAGCUUCGGCCGCGAGGAGACGCUGGACACCGGGGAGAAGGAGAGGCCAGAGGAGGUGGAGGAGGAGGCGGAGGAGGAGGAAGAGGAGGAGGAGAGGAGGGGGUACGAGAAAAUGACCGCCACCGGUGUGGAGAACUGCGGGGCGGACACAGAGGCUGCAGAGGACAGGUACGGUCAGUCGGAGUGCAUCACCUUCUCCAGCGUGUGCUAGGACAGGGGGGAAAAAAACCCAAACAUGGCUCCUGAGGGUUCACCUGAGGAUAGAGAGAUAGAGAAAGGGAGAGAGGGAGGGGGAGGAGAGAAAAGAGGGACACAAAAGGAGGGAAGGAAAGAGUAAAAGCAUUACCACCUUCAACACCACCUUGUCCCCCCUCUCUCCCAUCUCCACUCCUUUGUUUUGGGGACAGCUCUGCCCAGCACAACAACACGGUCUGAGAGUGCUCCGCACAUCUUUCAGGAACUGCCAGGACAUGUUAGGGUGGAACUACAGCCAACGCGUGAAAUGUCAAAGGAUGUUUGUGUACAAAAAGCUUUUUUGGGCUGUCUUGUUUUUUUUUUUUUUUUUCUGACCAGAUGACUUUGAUGAUGACCUACUACUGAAGUAUCAUCGAACUGGACUCACUUUUGGGAGUUCUGAGUUAUGGUUCUCCCUGGAAUCAAAACCCACAGUAGAUGGGAACUUCCCACAAUGGGACCUACUGUAGGAACCACUGGAGAGGGGAACUAUCCACAAUGGGACCUACUGUAGGAACCACUGGAGAGGGGAACUAUCCACAAAAGAACCUUCCCAUCCAUCCCGUCUAGAUGAAGAAUGGGUCUGAUCUAUUAUAGUCUGCUGUUUACAUGACAUACCUGACAUUCAGAUGACAUGACAUGUUUCGCCUGAGCGUAGGCUUUAUGCUGCAGUAUGUGUGUGUGUGUGUGUGUGUGUGUGUGUGUGUGUGUGUGUGUGUGUGUGUGUGUGUGUGUGUGUGUGUGUGUGUGUGUGUGUGUGUGUGUGUGUGUUUGUUAAUGUAUUUUUGUCAGGAUGGCUAUUGCUGCUCUAACUGUUUUUUUACCACUUCCUUCAAGAGUGAGGGAUUAACCAACAUUCUGUGGGUCAUUAGAAUUAUAUGAAUAUGUGUAUUGUGUGUAUUGUCUGUGCUGUAUAUAAUAAGUACUUCAGUGCGUAGCAUGUGUGUGUGUGUGUGUGAGUGUGUGGAUGUGGGUGUGCGUGUGUAGUCUCAUGCGUCAUGUGUGAUAUUUUGCCUAAGGUUAUAAUGUACAUGUAAAUGUGCUAUUGUGUUUUAUUAAAGAGCAUUGUCUGUAA